UUUGUGGAAGCCGGAUCUAGCUUUGCUAAACAGUUUUGCGUCGUUGAGCGCAAUGGGCAGCAAGUUUAUGUUUGUCGUGGUUGAAAAUACUUGUAAAUGCACGUGGAAACCGUACCAGAUUCUUGAAAGCACGUGUCAGGCAGACAUGACGAAUUAUCCGUAUGACACACAAGAAUGCGACCUUAAGUUCAGCACAUGGUCAUCAACUUCCGACCAGGUUCAAACUAUUGUUGGCUCUGCUGGCAUGCGAAUACACGAGAAUUUCGUGGAGAACUCAGAAUGGAAACUAGAGGGAGUAUCUCAAAGAAACGAAACUAUAAACGGUCAACUUACAGCUGUGUUUACAUUAAGACUAAAACGAAACCAUUCAUUUAUCGUGUUCUAUGUGACAAUUCCGGUUAUUUUGCUUUCCCUAUUGAAUUCGCUAACAUUUGCUCUACCGGUGUCAGCAGGAGAAAAGUCAGGUUAUGCGAUAACGGUGUUCCUGUCCUUUUUAAUUUACGUGAUAGUCACUUUUCAGAAAAUGCCCGAUAGUUCUGACACUAUUUCUCUUUUUGCGAUUUAUGUUUUGAUAAUGACUGGGAUGAGUAAUUUAACAGUGAUUAUUUCUGUCUUAGAAAUAAGGAUGAUGGAAUUGAAGACUAAACAUAAACCAAUGCUACAAUGUACCAUCUCAUUUACAAAAAUGAUACUAAAUUUGCGACACAGAUUUUUGUGCAUAAAGGAAGAAAUGGAUGAAAAGCGCUAUUUAGAGGAACAGAUGGAAAGUACACAAAGAAAACGUGUUGCGAAUGAUGAUGACGAUGACGAUAUUGAGGAAGAGGAUAAUACAUGGCCAGAAUUCGUUUCCGCUUUAGACUUUGUCUGUUUCUGGGUAUUUUUUAUUGUUUCACUUUCACUGGCAGUUGGCUACAUGGUUUAUCUAGCGACACAAUAGAAUAUAUUAACAUUUUGCCAGACUAUAAUUGUACACAAUUAUUGUAACUUAUUACUUAUACUCUGUUGCAAAAGAAGAAAAGUGCACUGUGGCCACCCCGCCUUUCUUUCUCUAUCCCCUCUUAAAAAGAUUAAUUGCUCAACAUUCAA